CUCGCACCGGAAGUGAGGCCGGUUCCUUCUUCCGGUGGCCGCCGGGGCCCGUGAGGACGGUGUGAGCCGCGAUGCCGACGGGCGACUACGACUCCAAGCCCAGCUGGGCUGACCAGGUGGAGGAGGAGGGUGGAGAGGACGGUGAACAAAUGCCAUCACCCAGCGAGCUGCUGAAGGACAUUCCCCUGCCAGGGGUGCUGGGCAGCAGCCUGAGCGCUGAGGCUGAGCUGCUCAAGGGAGGUCCCCUCCCUUCCCCCAAGGAGCUGAUUAAUGGCAACAUCAAAACCAUCACAGAGUACAGGGAGGAGGAGGAUGGGAGGAAGGUGAAGAUCAUUCGCACCUUCCGCAUCGAGACCAGGAAAGCGUCCAAGGCCGUGGCCCGGCGCAAGAACUGGAAGAAGUUUGGCAACUCCGAGUUCGAUGCCCCUGGGCCCAACGUUGCCACCACCACGGUGAGCGACGACGUCUUCAUGACCUUCAUCACCAGCAAGGAGGACCUGAACUGCCAGGAGGAGGAGGAUCCCAUGAACAAGCUGAAGGGGCAGAAGAUCGUCUCGUGCCGCAUCUGCAAAGGCGACCACUGGACCACGCGCUGCCCCUACAAGGACACGCUGGGGCCGAUGCAGAAGGAGCUGGCCGAGCAGCUGGGGCUGUCCACGGGCGAGAAGGAGAAGCUGCCUGGAGAGCCCGAGCCGGUGCAGGCCCAGCAGAGCAAGACGGGCAAGUACGUGCCGCCCAGCCUGCGGGACGGCGCCAGCCGCCGCGGCGAGUCCAUGCAGCCCAACCGCCGGGCCGACGACAACGCCACCAUCCGCGUCACCAACCUGUCGGAGGACACGCGCGAGACCGACCUGCAGGAGCUGUUCCGGCCCUUCGGCUCCAUCUCCAGGAUCUAUCUGGCCAAGGACAAGACCACUGGGCAGUCCAAGGGCUUCGCCUUCAUCAGCUUCCACCGGCGCGAGGACGCGGCUCGAGCCAUCGCCGGCGUCUCGGGCUUCGGCUACGACCACCUCAUCCUCAACGUGGAGUGGGCCAAACCCUCCACCAACUGAAGCUGCUGCUGCGGCGGCUCCAGCGCGAGCGGCCGGUGCCUCUAAAUAAACAGCCAGGUGUGAGACGCA